CCCAUUCCCAACACGAAAAGAUGUCCAAGGUCUACUCCAAGUUUGCGCCGGCGGAGGUGCGGUACCCGCAUCUGGGAGCCCAGGCCGGGCCGCCGUGCGCCCCGCAUCAGCCCCGAUUCGAGGACAUACCCGUCAUCAGAUUUGACAUCUGCAACGAUGAUGGCAAACUGGCCAAGCGAUACAAGUCCUUCAUGAAGCGACGCUACAAGAGAGCUCUCAAGAGAGGCCCCGGCAGGUACUGCAACAGGCCUAUCACGCCAAGGUACAAUCCAGCCAACCCCAGGAGCCGCACCCAACAGAGCCCUCAGCUGGAUCCAUAUUCAGGGCACUCAUUCCAUGUAAUUGAGAUUGUGCACUCGGGCAAGAGCAACGCUGUCGUGCAGUUCCUGGUGCGGGAUUAUGAUCUGUACCUGGUCGCCUUCAGGAGGCUCAGCCAAGACGGCGUGUGGUCAAGCUGGUAUAGGUGCAGUGACCAGUUCAUUCCCAACUACUUCCAAGCAGAAAACAUGGGGAUCAGCGGCCAACAUCUUCACUGGUCUACUAUUGGAGGGUCUCUCUGCUUGGAGGACAUGUUCUUCACGUUCGCCACAUACCCCGAGAAUAUGCACGACAAGGUGGCCUUGAGCCGGGCUUUGCUUCGCGCCGUCGUCAUCUUCUGCGAGGCGCUACGGUUCGGCCCCGUGUUCAUUGUCGUCUUGGAGAGGUUUAUUGCUGAUCCCAAGAAAUCUACCCCAUUGCCUGCUAUAUUCUGGGACUGGAUUGGUUGUUGGGGCAACCUGAGCGAGUUUGCCCUCAAAACCGGCAAGCGCAAUGGAGUGCUCAACAUGCAUGAGUUCGCCCAGUAUUGUUUGGCAAAUGGUAUCCCAAGCUUCGGUGAUCUUAUCGGCCGAGACGACAGUGUGCUUAUGUUUCUUAUGAGGCAGGAGGUUGUUCUGCUGAAUGGCAAAAUACCUCGAGGGUUGCAAGGGAGAACGCAUCCUGGGGUAGAUGUUCGCGAGCCACGAACCUUUGACGCGGAUGAUAGCUUGGUCGAUGUCUGAGGUCCGCCUGCAACUAGUCUGGAGAGUCUUGUGUUGCUUCUGGGUUUCAUCAUGGAUGUGAAUUGAAUUAGUUGGAUCCCUCCCUUGUUGUUCUCUCUCUGCCAUAUUCUGCAACUAGAUGCUAUCUGAAAAAUUCCAGUAGUUGAUCUCUUAUUCUCUCCUUCUAUAAUAUCUGCAAGGCUACAGGGCCAGUAGUGGUUAUUUGCAACAAUCGCUCUGUAAUCAAGUUUCUGCAAUGCUACAGGACCAAUAGUGCUUAUCUGAAUUCAAGUAGUAGUAGUUUUAAUGUCGGUCUCCCAGUUAUCUGAAAUAGUAUUCUGGAAGGAUGGAAGCCCAGUUAUCUGAAAUCGUCACUAGUUUGAACAUUCUAUCCAUCUGUAAUAAUGUUCUAGAAGGCUACAUGACCACUUGUCUGUGUUUCCUGA